AUGGAAGAAACCAAAAAGAAUGAUGAAAUAUCUUCAGGCAUAGAUACAGUGACUGCCGAAUCCAUUGCUGUUCUUUCCGCAGUCGACCCUCAGGAUGAUGAUUAUGACUAUCCUCAGGAUGAAUUUGACAUUGAUGACGCGUUCUUAUCUUUGCUCUUCGUUGCUAAUCUCUUCACCCCUUCCAAAAUCCAAGAAUCCCGCGAGGAUAUUCAGAAAUGCACUGGCCUUGAUCAAGAAACCCUUGAUAUUAUCGCCUUCCUCAACGAUGACCAGUUUCCAGAGGAAGACGACCCCGACGCCCAAGAACCCCUUCACAAUAUCUCCCUCCUUGACGAGCACGAGCUCCCACAACAAGAAGAACUGCCCGAAUUUGCCGACGAAUCUUCCUCCGCUUUUCCUUCAGAUACAUCUGGAAUCGAAGGUACUCUGGAUGGUGAGAGUGAAGUUGUCUCGGCGGCCUCUCAAGUACAAGCAAUUCUUGAAGACGCGCGAAAUAAUAGCACUCGGAAUACCGGUCCACAGCGUAAGCGUGAGACGUACUUGGAAGAGCGAGCCUUGGAAUACUACGCGGACACCCACCCUGCCCUGGUCGGACCAUGUCAUCCGGACGCACCCCCAGUCCGUCACCCCAGAGUGUUAACCCUGAUCAUGCGCGGAUCUUACCCCAUGCCGAAGGGGCUCGGAACUCCUGCCAGCCCGAGGGAGAAGGUCAUUAUAAAUGCGAGAAAUUGCAUUCCUCUGAGUUUCUCCACCGCUGUCCUGGAAAGCUUUCAAUGGUAA